AUGAUGGAAUAUGCAAAAACGCGCAAAGGGCCGCUGCCUGGAGGUCGCCAGGGCGCGUCUGGUGCUGGCGCUGGACGCGACAGCUUGCGAACCGCCAGCCGAGCGAGAGGUGCUGCACGACCACCCAUCAGCCCCUCGCAUCCAUCAUCCCCAACAGCUGGCUUGGUGUCAGCAGGGUCUUCGCAGGACCAGCAAUCGGCACCCGCCACUGGUGGAGUACGCCGCAUGCGAUGGACAAUCGAAAUGAAUACUAACGCAUUGCGGGCGUAUUUUAGGGCGAAAGGGGGAGAAGUUGGAGGUUUGACGUAUCGGGCUAGGAUGCAUCGUCUUUUUGCUGAGCUGGAGCCAUCUUUAACCGUCUCAGAGCAAAACCUGGCAGAGCGCGUUCGGUAUAUCUUGCGCUCAAAUAUAUUUGAUGUCGCCGAACUCGAACGACUACGACGUGAGGCUGUUCCCUCAUCGGAUGAAAAUGCUACGGCUGAGGAUGCGGCGCCACAAAUUGCAGAGCAACCCGCAAACGUGAAUGCCGCCGUGAAUACCCCAGUUGUGGUUGAUUCAAACGAUGAUGGAACAGUCGCCCAGGAACUGGAAUUAGAGCAUAUGAGGAGUACAUUGGAAGAGGCGAUUGUGGAAACGCGCAGUACGCCUCUCGAAAAUCGACCGCGACUUCCCCGCAUAGCCCUAAGCAAGCGGAAUCGGGCUGUCGUGAGGGCUCUGAACCCAUUGCUGAUGACCUAUUUGGAAGCCUGCCGGGACCUUUGCGAGACGGACUCAAUUCUUUUUGGCGCCGCACUGGCAGUGUGCCGUAUUAUAGGCGCCAAACUUUCCACGGCUGGACGCGCUACUGGACAAAGUAGCGCUAUCCCAGCCUGGAGAAUAAGAAUUGAAGAACGUAUCGCAAAGGCUAGGGCCCUCAUCGGCAGACUGAUAUGCUUCAGGUCAGGCAACAACAGGCCAAGGAUUGUGCGCACCGUCAGGAUGGCAUUUGCUGGGACAAAUGUUAGUUUGUCCCAGCCGGAUAUAAUGCAAAAACUGACGGAGCACAUAGACGACCUGAAGCAGAGAAUCGCUACUUGGGGAAAGCGGAUUUGGCGAUAUAUCGAGAGGUCGACACGGUUUAACCAGAAUCGUCUCUUCCAGAGUGAUCAGAAGAGGCUCUAUAAAUUGUUGGAGCGACCAAUGGUAAAUGGAACGGGCCCAGCACCGAAUCAGGCCGACACUGUAGCAUUCUGA